GUUUAUUGCCGACCUGUCAUGAUUCCGCCAUCUUGACAUCCUCUUUAUGAUCAAGUUGAUGAGGGAAACAUCGUCGUCAUCAGCAGUUGUCGAUUACCAACGCCACAAACCCACUUAGAAAACAGACGAUUCCUCUGAGACACUUCAAUGUAACUGCACAUAAGAGGCAGUCUGAGAAGAGCACUGUCAACCAUGUCUGAUAAACAACAGUCUGCUCCACAACAGGGAAAGCCCCAGAAAGGAGGAGGUGGACAAGAAGGUUCUAGAGGCGGUGGCCGGGUCAUAGUUCACCUACACGCCGUGACCGAUGAACAGGCUGAGCUACUUAUGGAUACAGUGAAUGCGCGUCCACUGGAGGAGGUCAAGAAGAAGACAGGCGCUGAUGUACACUUUGACCCCAACCCGUCACCUGUACCAGGUAUGAAGAUUGUCAUCAUCCGUGGUGUCCCAUCUCAGAUCGAGGAGGUCGUCAGGCUCAUCAGGCUUAUGACUGGUAGUCAGGCAACACUCGCAGAAGAAGUUCAGACAUUCUGGCUCCAGUGGGUUGAGGCCGCGUACCCUGACCUCGAGUCUCGCGCCUACUUCCUGCCUCCUGUCUACUUCAACCGCGUGCCGAUGACCACAGAGACAGUUGCUGGUCAGGAUGUACAGGUACUACCGUCACAUUCCAAAGAGACAGUUGCUGGUCAGGAUUUUCAGGUAAAAUUGCCAGCACUAGAAGACACAGGUAUGUUGACUUUUCUUAAAGAAAAGCUUCGACGUGAAAUGACUGCUGCGUCUUUCAUUUCUCCACCUGCUGCUGUUCAGGACAGUGACUUGAGAUAUGAUGCGGCCAUGAGGCGAGUUGUCUUCUGUCUUCAGAACUGGUCAGAAAAGACAGGAGAAGUGUUAGUUGGAAUCACACGACUCCGCUUCGGACAAUAUCUGACUGAACCUUGUUUUUCUGUGGCGGCUGCCCAGUUACCCCGAGCCUCCAGCCUACCCCCUGACUUGCCACAGAGCUGGAAACAGGGAAACUUCGAUGUGCUUCUUAUUCACCGAAAUCACGGUCUUGUCGUCUGCAAUGUGAUGUCUUUUGGUGACAUUACAAAAAACCUUAAAAUGUCACAGGAGGAUAUUGUCAAGAUCAGAAAGAAGCUGAGAGACGCCGUGUCACAGCUGAACAAAGCGGAGGCCAUGUUGUCUCACCUGGUGUCUGAUGUGUGUCCCGGUCUGCGCAUCACCAAGACCAUCGCCGUCCCUAACCUCACGACUAACCAGGUACAGCAGGCCAUCUCUCACGACUCACAGCUCACUGAGGACCUGCACUGCUGUCUAAAAACAACUGACCCCGCCGACAUCGCUGGUAUGUGUCUAUGCUAUGAUCAGUUGUCUGACACCAAGACCCCGUGUGACGUCAGUAGUCACGUGUUCAAGAAACUCGGCAAAUGGUGGAAACGACGUGUGGCUGUGUCUGGGACUGACAGUCACAUGACACGUCACGUGUACAAGACACUAGUAGCACGGUUCUGUGGUCCGGCGACAACAGUGACUGUGCCAUGCACAAGUCCUCCACGUGUGAAUAUGAGUGCAUGUGCUAGGAAAUUCGGAAUCAGUGUAUCACUUUUUGAGGAUAUGACAGUGUGUUGUGGUAUUUCUUUGAGGUACACCUAA